AUGUUAGCCUGGAAGAUUUUACACAAUGCUCUUCCAACGACAGAUGCUCUAGCUCUUAGAGGCAUUCCGAUUGAUGCUACUUGUGUGUUUUGUCAUGGCUCUUCGGAAUUGGGGGUUCAUCUUUUUUGGGAGUGUCCUUUUACUUGGCGUUUGUGGGAUUCUAUUGCCUGUGAUUCCUUUCCUUCGCAUGAGGUUCCUCUUCCUUUUUCUGAUUGGUUUACUUCCAUUAUUACUGGUUAUGCUACUGCCAAGCACUGGCUUGCUUUAGAUCGAUUUUUUGGGAUGUGUUGGGCUAUCUGGAUUACUAGGAAUAAUGUUCGAUUUCGUUCAGCAGUUUAUUCCCCCCAUUGUGUUUUGGAGUUAGCGUCGGAGUGGAGUGCUAGAAGUGGUACGACUCGUGAAAUUGUUGGUUGUUGUGCUGGUAUUCCUCCUAGAUUCUCGUAUCAUCCUACUUGGCAGGUGUUAAGGGGUGAAGCUACAGUAUUAUGUGAAGUUCUUAUGUGUUUUGAUGGGGCCUGGGAUCGAGGGAAUCAUAAUGCUGGCACUGGAUGGUGUUUUUUGGAUCCUUCAUAUUCUCUUUGUAUUGGGGGAGGAGCUCGGGCUUGUAUGGCUAGUUCUGCUCUUCAUUAUGAGUUGCUGGCGUGUCUUUUUGGACUUAAACAUGCUCGGCAACGGGGUGUUAUGAGCAUUUGCCUAUUUACAGAUUGUAUGUCGGUUCCUAAGAUGAUUCAAGAGCCUAGUUCUUCGGAUAUUUCGAUGGUCUGGACGAUUCAAGAAAUCAGGGAUGUUAUCUCUUCUUUUUCUACUUGUCAUAUUUCGAAGGUCUCCAGGUCUUCGGUUGUAGAAGCUCAUUCUCUUGCUGGUGCAGCAAGCCGUAGAGUUUUACUUUGUUUUAAAUUUUAG